AUGUUUGGUUACAGUAAAGAAGCAGUUAGAGUGAAAGUCAAGAAAUGUGAAGGAAAACUACAACCAGAACUAAGAAAAUUUUCUGUUGAUCCUCAAAUUACUUCUUUGGAGGUUCUUCAAAGCAUUUUAGUGAAAGCAUUUGAUAUUAAGUCUGAUUUUACACUGUCCUACAGAAGUAUUGAUGAAUAUGGGCAAGAAAUUUACUUACCCUUACUAUCUGAUUGGGAUUUGGAUGCAGCUUUUUUAAAGUCACAUAAUAUUGCAGUUAACCAAAGAUCUGAACCAUGUGUUCAACUGAAAGUAGAUAUGAAGCCCUUUGCAGAAGCCUCUGAAGACUGGGAACCACCAAGUGUAAAUCCUAUUGUGCCCACACCUAUCACAAUAUGCAAGGAGCAGCCAUCUGUAGCUCCUGCUCAUCACCAGACUGAAAAACAAGAAAUACAGACUGGUCUCCAGGGAAUCAUCAUGAACCAAGUUGAAAAAACAUUCAACAUGGUAUCUAGAGCUUUAAAUCUGUAUGAUGACCCCAACACUCCACCUAGGCAGCCAUUGUGUGAUAUAGAAUUUAGAACAUUCCUGGAUGCAGUAGGACAAAUCAACAACCCUACUAAACUCAGAGAAGUGAUCUAUUGUGGUGGAAUAGAACCUAGCCUCAGGAAAGUUGUUUGGAAGCAUAUUCUUAAUGUGUAUCCAGAGGGUAUGACUGGUAAAGAACGAAUGGACUACAUAAGAAGGAAAGCCAAUGAAUACUAUGCUCUUAGAACUCGAUGGAAAGAUUGUAUACAUAGAGGCAAGGUAAAUGCUGACUUAGCUUACGUUACGGGAAUGGUUCGUAAAGACGUCUUACGAACUGAUAGGCAUCAUAACUUUUAUGCAGGCAGUGAUGAUAAUCAGAAUAUAGCUUCCCUAUUCAAUAUAUUAACGACGUAUGCAUUGAACCAUCCAUCUGUAAGCUACUGUCAAGGUAUGUCUGACUUAGCAUCGCCGCUCCUGGUAACUAUGGGUGAUGAAGCUCACGCAUACAUUUGUCUCUGUGCGCUUAUGACUCGUCUUUAUCCAAACUUUCUCUUAGACGGAGAAGCUAUGACGUUGAAGUUUUCCCAUUUAACUGAAUCAUUACAAGUAUACGAUCCUGACUUUUACAAUUACUUGAAAUCACAACAAGCUGAUGAUUUAUUAUUCUGCUACAGAUGGCUUUUAUUAGAAAUGAAACGGGAGUUUGCAUUUGAUGAUGCACUCAGAAUGCUCGAAGUUUUAUGGGCAUCCCUUCCACAUAGGUUGCCUGUCGUUGACUUAUCAUUAAAAGAAAAAGAGUUUAACCCAACGAUAGAAAUAGAUGAUGAUGACCCGCCACCGUUGAGCCCCCUAAUCAAAGCGCCCCGGGAAAACGCUUACACAAAGGUGUGUGCUAUGAGACGGCAAAGUUCCAGUUUUAGUUUAGCAAAUGUGAAAGCUCCCAAAUUAGCCACAUGUAAACCGAUGAAUCACAGCUUAGACGAAAAUGCGACGCGUAAAUCUUUAGCUAAUACUUCUCUGAAACAUUCCAAAGAAUUCCAAAGCCUAGACGAUGCAGCCUUACGAGUGCAAAAUCAAAAAAAUGAUAUUCAAGACAAUGGUGUAGAUGUUACAAAAGAGAGUAUUUUUUCUGUCAAAGAACCUAAGCUAAUGUUAAGGCGAAGUAUGAAAAGUGUUCCUGAACACGUAAAAUCGCCUGACACGCAGGACUCGAGCGUCUCAUGGUCUAGCACUGACAACUUAGUGAAUGGAAAUUCCUCUUCUGACCCAAAAGAUACACCUUUAGGAAACCAAAUACGAUUACUGAGGGAUAAAAUAUCAGUUCAUAAUAACAAAUUUUUUUCUUUAGAUAAGUUUGACGAUGCUACAAUGGUUGUUGAUGAUAAUAAUAGGCCCAAAGUUAAAAUGAUAAAAAAUUUAAAUGAAUUCCUUAAUUUUGCUACAAGUAGCAAAACUGGACCAACCAAGCAAGAUAAAUUACUUCGAACCAAUUCAGCUAAAGAGAAUAGUUCCAAAGAAAGUCCAAGAAUAGUUUUGACUAGAACCUCUUAUGAAGAUAACGACAUAGAGGCCCAGAAGUUGCGGAAUCAAAAACCCAGUAAUAUGAGUAAAAAUUUGUACUCUGAUACGAAUGAUGGCAGCAGUCCAGACGAUUCCCAAGAAUAUUAUCCUAUGACGACAUCUAUGACGAGAGAAUUACGACUUGAACUGGAACAUUUAGACAGACAAGUGUUUGGACAAUCAUACGUCAAUCGUUGCAGCCUAGUAUGUGACUCUCCCUCUGAUUCUACUAGCACAGAAGAAAAGCCGACUACCAACUGCACUGAAGAAAAGCGAUCUGGAUUGAUCACAGACAACUUACGAACACUAACAGAAACUACAGAUUUAACUGAAAUUCCGAAAAAAUCUCCCCAAUUUGAAACAAUAAAGUCCAAUGCUAGAAGUGCAGAAGACAUUUUCCUGUGGGAAAAUCCACUACACAGAAAUACUCCAACUACCCGCACUACUGCGAGCUGUCCCCAAACACCCGAUGAACAGGCAGAAUUAGAUUUUGACGGCGACACAGGGGAAAUAUUUGAAGAACAUUCGGGUAAGAAAUCAAUUACACCAAUCAGACUUUUGAGAAAAAAUCAAUCUUUAGAGCCUCAAGAAUUGUCUCGAGAUACUGGACGUUCGAACACACAAUCCAGUGAAUCUGAUUCAUCUGAUAAAGAAAGUGAGCCAACGGCAAAUAUAAAAAACAACCAGAAGGAUGCCACUGCUACUUCAAAAUUUUUCUCAAAUAUGUCGCAAGAGUUAGAAAAUGCGAAACGUAAUUGCGAAUCUUUGCUGAACGCGAAACAACCCAAUUUGCAUAGCGUUGCGUCGACAAUAAAUAGUUUCCAGAAAAAGUACGAGGUUUUCAAACCUCCAGCUACGAAAACCGUUGCGGCGCCCGCUGCUAAUAGCGACCUAUCGACGAGGUAUAGCAUCAACAAUCUUCCACCGCCUACAUUGUUUGGAGGAGGCAAUCCAUUUUUGAUGUUCCUAUGUUUGACCGUACUUUUACAACAUAGAGAUUACAUCAUGCGAAAUCGUAUGGACUAUAAUGAGCUAGCGAUGCAUUUUGAUAAAAUGGUUCGCAAACACAAUGUGAACAGGGUACUUAAUCAAGCGCGUCAGAUGUACGCCAUUUAUUUAAAACAACAAGCACAUAAGACUGGAGAUGUAACUACGGCAAGUGCGGAUCCAGCUUUGGCGCCAGGGGGUUGUCAUAUAGUCGUGGUCAAGUCACAGUGGGUACAGAUGGAUCCAGCCCGGGGGGGGGGAUCUGAUUUUGUUAAGUUAUACAAAUAUUUUGCACAAGCUGAUUGGAGCUUUAUUGACACUGCGGUAGACUUAGACAUAGCUGUAUCUCAAUUUUAUGCAGAAUUAUUGACUGGAAUUAAGUUGUACGUACCGAAAACUUUUUCGACUAAUAACAGAAGUUAUAAUAUUUUAGCAACUCACUCUAUAUCAAAGAUUGAAGUAAGCCGAACAGAAGUUCUUCGCUUAUUGGAAACUGUAGACCAUACAAAAGGUUCCGGAUGUGAUGAAAUUCCCCCCAUUUUUCUAAAACACUGUGCAUCUACUUUGGUAACUCCUAUCACUAUGAUCUUUGCGCGCUCAUUACGGGAUUGCACUUUCCCAUCCAUUUGGAAAAAAGCAUACAUAAUCCCCAUACAUAAAAAGGGUUCCAAAUCGGAUAUUAAAAACUAUCGGCCGAUCUCUAUUUUGUGUACUAUCAGUAAACUUUUAGAGAAGGUCGUUUUAAAACACCUUUAUCCAGUUAUUUCUGAAGGCAUAUCGCACGCACAACAUGGUUUCAUGAAGAAACGUUCAACCACCACAAAUUUGGCUUGCUUUUCAAAUUUUGUUUUGAGUAAGUAA